AUGAGUAGUCGAGAGGUGGUCGUUCUGAGUGUGGGAGGUGUGAGAUUUGUAACCCGGGCUUCCACCUUGCAGCAGUUCCCCGAGUCCAGGCUGGCACGGAUGGUGAAUGACGAUGACCGGGAAUUUAAACUGGUGAAUGGAGAGUUUUUUGUGGACAGAGAUGGAACUUUGUUUAGUUACAUCAUGGACUUCUUGAGGACUCUCCAGGUGUCCUUACCAACUGAUUUCUCAGACUAUCAGAGGCUGCAGAGAGAAGCAGAAUUCUAUGGACUCUACCCGCUGGCCAACCUCCUGAGCCAAGAACAUUUGCUGAAGCCAAGGCUGGAGAUCUUGGAAGUGCGUUUUUCUCUCCAAGAAAUGCAGGCCUUUUUCCGGAUCUUUGGUUCCUGCAGUACCACCAUUGAGGCACUAGCUGAGCAGAUCACUGUGUUUACAGGGCAGCAGCCAGGACAGGGCUGGAACAGCCCUUUUCCUUCCCAGAAACCACUUGUUCCGCUUCCUUUGGAAAGACCCUCGCAUCAUGAUAUGGUUUUUCUGUGUGGUACUGAGUAUUCUGCUGGUGACCAGUUCAUGGCCAGGUAUGUUUCCAUAAAGCCUGAUAAGAGAAAGCUGAUUAAUGGCACUAACGUGCUAGGCCUGCUGCUUGACACUUUACUCAAAGAUGGAUUUCGCCUCAUAAGCACCAGAACAGCCGGCAGUGAAGAGAAGGUUGAAUGCUACACUUUUGAAAGGAUGAAGAGGGCAGCAGGCCUUGCCAUCAUGGUGAACCAAACCCCAGGGAGCUCUGGGGUAGCACAGGCAAGGAGAAGCCAAGUACAGAAAGGGAAAUAAGGGCUUUUGCUUCCAUCUUUUGAAUGUAGAAGAGGGAUGUGUCAGCACUAGUGACCUUUUUUUUGUUAUUUUGGCUUGUUUGAAAUGCAGCUAUUGAAGGAACCAACACAUUUUCUUUCAAAUAUUUACGGGGAAAAAUUACUUUCUUGCCUUUUACUGCUCUACCCUCUUUAAGUAAAAGAAGCCCAGAUUCAAUACUGGGUUUGUGGAUCAGACUUCAGCAAUUCCAAGAGUUGUUUUUGUUUUUUCUCUGUGGCUAAAAUUUACAUGAGGACUCACAAAGCAUCAGCCAUCCCUUCCAGAAAAUUGUUCUUAUGUUCUCUGCUAAUCUGCAAAUAGCUAUUAAAAACAUGGUAAUACAUGAAGAUGAUGCAGCUGUCAUCCCAACAGUUGGAAGUGGCUGGGGGAGGAAUGCAAGCCCCAAUGAUUGAUCAGUGCUUCCACUCACUGACUCUCUUGCACUUGGCUGAGAACAGUGUAAGGGGAACAUCCCGAGCUGUGCUGCUGUGUGGCUUUGUGAAAGCCAUCACUGAGGUCUGUGUGACUGUCUCUUGUCCUCUCCUCCCAUCUGGUGGCAUGCUCUUUGGUUCUGAGAAUUAAAUUAUAAAGAUCUUUGUGAACAGAAGGUCAGUUAAUUUUUAGUGCUUUCACCACAAAAAGGAGGAAAAUGUGAUGAACAGCCCUUCACGUGAAAGAGUUUGUACAGUUUCAAACAAAACAGUGCAAAGGAUUUUUUAGUACUUGUUAAGUACAACACUGUUAGAAGGCUUAGCAGAAGUGGCUUUAAGAGCCUUGUUAGUCCUGUCAAACCUUUGUAAAGAUGAAAAAAUUUGCUCAGGUACUGAGAGAGGUAAUGAAGCUUUAUAAAUUAAGAAUCUUUUGUCCUUACAUCAAGGCAGGGAAGGAAGAUAGCAGUAACUUCAGGGAUUUGUUAGUUGCAUCUCAGUUUUGUUGCUGGUAAAACACAGAAUUCACAGAAUCACAAGGUUGGAAGAGACCUUAAAGAUCAUUGAGUCCAACCCAUGCCCCAACACCUCAGCUCAACCAUGGCAUCGAGUGCCACAUCCAGUCAUCCAGUCUGUUUUUAAACACAUCCAGGUAUGGUGACCACCACCUCCCCAGGCAGACCAUUCCAGAACUUUAUGAGUCUUUCUGUGAAGAACUUUUUCCUAAUAUCCAACCUAUAUUUUCUUUGUCGCAGCUUGAGACUGCACCAUCUUCCCAAGGCUUCGAACAGCCCAGGAGAACCACUUUGGGCUUUCUUGGCUGACCAAUUAGAUCUGGCUUUUCAUUAGUUUUAAAAUGUGCAUGCAUUACUUUAUUGGCAGCACUUGAUAAGGGGUGUGGGACUCAGCCAAAUGUUUCUUGCCCUAAGGAGUUUCAGUAAAAUGCAUCUUUCCAGACUGGAAAGAGGUGCCACUAUGGGACAUGUCUUUUCUUUGGCUACUGCUCUGGGGCAUUUCAGCUUGACCCAAGUUCAGAAGCUCAGUGAGAUCCUCUUUGCUUGUUUUAGAGCUGUUUGAAUUAAGAAUAAUAUGAUUAUAGGACUACAUCUCCCAUGCUGCUUACAGGUUAUGUAGUAAAUGUAAGAGUGAAUGAUUCUACUUCAAAUGGGAUUUUUUUGGUCAGUAAUGUCAAUGUGUUCAUAUUUCUCUUGAAGUAAAAUAUUUCUUACAGUGAGAGCCAUCAUUUGCUGAACAACAUUCCCACAGAUGUGGUGGAGUCUCCCUUGUUAGAAAUUUUGAAGAGGAUGCUAAAUGACUUCAUGGAGGCUCUGUGUCACAUGAAAGGCUGGACCAGAUGAUCUUUGAGUUCCCUUCCAGCCUGUCCCCACUAGUUGCUGUGCUGCUUGUUUGGAAAAGAUAAUGUUGAUUACUGGGACAGUUACUGGCUGUGGAUAUUGUAGGUGGAGGGACUGGCCAAUGUAAAGCACAAGACCAAAAAAAAAGCAAAUCCUUACAGGGAAAGUUUAAAAAAUAGACUUGAGGCUGUAUUUAGACAUUAUGCCCUAAAUGAUCACCAAUAGCAGUGACGUAAACUGAGACGAGUUUCAGAACCCUUCAUAGUAACAAUUACACUGUUUCACCUACCACAAAAGUAGGGACUUUGUUUUCCUUGCUGCAGCAGCCACUUUGAAAAUUAAAGUUUGGAGUCCAAUGUUUUUUUUUUUCUAAUAAAGUGAAAGAAAAGACAAAAUACUUCAAUUUUUAAAGAGCCCCAAAGUUUUUACCUAUGCCAUCAUUCAUGUUCCAUGUCUUUGGCAAAAUGAACGUAUGAUACAACCAUUUCAAUAACAUUUUAUGAUGAGCUGAACACAUAGGUUAAUUUUUAUGUAGCACAGCAUCAUUCUAUGAAUGCAGUAUUUGGCUCUGGAAAAUAUCCCAGUGCAAGUUGCUGUCAUGUAAAGAACCAUAUGUGCUUUACCUCGCCCUUGGGUAAGUGUGCUGUGAUUCUGUGCUGCUUUUGGAAGCAAAGCACAUGACCAUCAACAAGCUUGUGUUCCCAGAGUUCUUUAGCAUUUAUUCUUACUUAGCUCUGAACUGAGAAGUGUCACCUGUCAUUUUGUGUUCCUGCAGAGAACAUGAUUAGGCUCUUACACUGUGCUUUCACUUUGUUGGGGUUUUUGUUUGUUUGUUUGUUUUAACUAAUAGUUCCUUAAAUAAGUUUGAGAGCAUGUGUGUGAACAAUGUGAUGGAAAUCUGUUGAAUGUGUCUGAUACCAGUAGGAUACUCAUGACUUCAAUGGAAGAUUGAUGGAAUAAAUUAAUUGAAUUGAAGCUGGUUCUUCAAGGAAAGCACCUUACUGGAUUUCUUUACACAGAAAAAGGAAGCAGGGAUGAUAGAGCUACAGGUGUUGUGCAGCUUCAAGCAACAACUAAAUGGCAGUACUUGUGGAGGUACAGAUGAAAUUAUGUUUAUUUGCAGACAAAUUAAUAUAAAAAUAGCACUGAUUUACUAGGAGGAUCUUCAGCUGGCCUCCACCUUGUGAGGUUAUUUAUGCUACUGUAAAGUGUUGCUGAGUCAGGAUGGCAAAUUUUCUGUGCCCUCUUUGAAGUGGUAUGCAGUGUAACCUGCAGGCACCAAGGCAGGAAUUUAGAAAUAGUGACCAAUGUUUUUACUGCUCCUUCACCUCUGAAGCCCCAAACAAGCAGGGAUGCAGCAGAGAGCAGACUGUGUGGUGUGU